AUGGCCUUGCAUGACACACCUUCUCUCAAUAUAGCCCUAAUCGCCGAACAGCGGUCGACCUACCACGGUCAAGGUUAUUCGGAAGAGGAAUGCGCAGCUCUACCACACGAUGGUGAAGCCAAUAAGCUUUUGACUACCUUGCAAGAACUGGGACAUCAUGUCACGCUGGUGCCAGGAAUCCAAUCCCUUGUCAAACACCUAGCGGCUGGCACAAAUAAGGAUUGGGACCUAGCAUUUAACAUAGCGCAAGGAUUUCAUGGGUUAGCCAGAGAAGCCCAGAUCCCAGCGCUUUUAGACGCCUACCAGGUCCCGUACACGUUUUCCGACGCUGCAACGAUGGCGUUGUGUCAGAAUAAGGUCUAUACUAAGGUACCGGAUUGA